UCCAUUUCCUUCCUCCUGAUAUCAUACCAUCCCUGUAAGCCAGGAAUUGUGAAGUUCAACUCUUAUUGAACACGCAUCUCUGGCGAGGAUGUCCCUGGAACAUGGUUUUCUGUUGCUUCGAUCGCCUUUGUUGAGCUUAGAAGCAUUUCUAUGGGUUCUUCUCUUGGUUGGAACCAUUGCCUUGUGGCUUUCUCCGGGUGGGAUUGCAUGGGCUCGGUUCAGGUCCAAGACGAGUUUCUCCAUUCCUGGUCCAGUUGGGUUACCACUACUGGGGUUACUCACAGUGUUCAAUGGCUCCACUCCUCACCGUGUCCUUGCUAAGCUUGCUAAAACCCUCAACGCUGUGAAGUUGAUGGUUUUUUCUGUCGGAUUCACUCGGUUUAUCAUUUCUAGUGACCCUGAAACUGCAAGGGAUAUUCUCCACAACUCAGCUUUUGCUGAUAGGCCAGUUAAGGAGUCAGCCUAUGAGCUCUUGUUUCACAGGGCAAUGGGUUUUGCUCCUUUCGGAGACUAUUGGAGGAAUUUGAGGCGUAUUUCAGCUACCCAUUUGUUUAGUCCCAAGAGAAUUGCUGGCUUUGAAGGGUAUAGGCGUGAGAUUGGUAUCAAGAUGAUGGAUGAAAUAAACGGUAUAAUGAAAGCAGGCGAUGAGGUCCAGAUUAAAAAGGUUCUGCAUUUUGGGUCGUUGAACAAUGUGAUGGGGACUGUGUUUGGUAAGAAGUACGACUUUGAGAAGGUUGGCGAAGGGUACGAACUUGAGGAGCUGGUGAGUGAAGGGUAUGAAUUGCUGGGGAUAUUUAACUGGAGUGAUCAUUUCCCUCUAAUUUGUUGGCUAGAUUUGCAAGGUGUAAGGAAAAGGUGCAGGAAUUUGGUUUCAAGAGUUAAUGUUUUUGUCGGGAAAAUCAUAGAAGAGCAUAGGCUGAAAAGGCUUAGUGAAGGCUUGAACGAUGAUAAUUGUAAUGUUGGGGAAUUCGUUGAUGUUUUGCUUGAUUUGGAGAAACAUGAGAAACUGGCUGACUCCGAUAUGAUUGCUGUUUUAUGGGAGAUGAUUUUCAGGGGUACUGACACUGUGGCGAUCUUGCUUGAAUGGAUUUUGGCGAGAAUGGUUCUACACCCAGAAGUUCAAGCAAAGGCUCAAGCUGAGAUUGAUUCUGUUGUUUGGAAAUCAAAGCAUGUCUCAGACUCGGACAUUCAUAAUCUGCCUUACCUUCAGGCCAUUGUGAAAGAGACUCUUAGGGUGCAUCCACCAGGGCCUCUUCUCUCAUGGGCUCGCCUUGCCAUCCAUGAUGUUCAUGUUGGUGAUUAUUUCGUUCCAGCAGGAACUACAGCAAUGGUGAACAUGUGGGCAAUCACUCAUGAUGAAAAACUGUGGGAGGAGCAAGAAAGGUUCAAGCCAGAGCGCUUCAUGGAAGAAGAUAUUAGCAUUUUGGGGUGUGAUCUUAGGUUGGCCCCUUUUGGUUCUGGUAGGAGGGUUUGCCCAGGGAAAGCCAUGGGUUUGGCCACUGUUCAUCUCUGGUUGGCUCAGUUGCUUCAACGUUUCAAAUGGAUUCCAUCUGAAAACAGAAACGUGGACUUGACUGAACAUUUGAAACUGUCCUUGGAAAUGAAGAACCCACUGGUUUGCAGGGCAAUACCAAGGGUUCCCUGAACUCACUUUUGGUUUGCUUUGGCUUGGUGUUUACUUUUAUGCUGUGAUGUUUCGUGACAGGAUGGAUGUUUGUUGCAUUAAUUUAGGGUUUCCUGUUUUAGCUCUAGAUAAGUUUUCCUGGAAGUGGACUUGAAACAAGGUGUACGAUCUCGUAGUGGUAGCUACUAUUUUAUCUUUUUUAUUAACGUAGUUUGGUGUGAUAGCUAAUGAACAAUCUUCUGCUGUUGUACACGUCCGUUGUUAUGUUGCUUGUUUCACGUUGUAGAAUGUUAAUAUAUAUGCACAUUGCUAGUUUGCUACUGGUUUUUGAAAGGAA